CAUCGUCGGACAAGGGAUUGCAUACCGGUCGGUCUAGGCCGCGGGGUCGGUACCGUAUGCCGGCAGUGGGCAUAUAAUAUUGGUUCACGGGCGUUCGAAGCUGGUGGGUAGGUACGGUGGUUGCAUGCUGCGAGCCCGACAAUCGCAACCCCGCUCUCGCGCGUAAUAAGCUGUCCCCCAUGCGGACGCUGCUCGUCCUUCUAGCGGCGUCGCGAGCAGACGAGACGUGCCUCCCCUGCGACUAUGACAACCUUCGCGUGCCGCGCAGCGUCGCAUUUCGGCUGCCUGAUGCGAAAUUUUACGUUGAUCACACGGACGGGAAGGACGCGUCGUUCGAUGCUAUUUUUCGGUAUUGGGAUGAUGUCCGAGCCGCGAACGGCACGACACCAGAAACUGCCUGCAAUACGCCGCUCGCGGCGCCGAAUGCGGUUGCGGCGCUGGCUAAGGUGGCAAGGCGCGGCGCGAGAAAAGGAGCGCUCGUUGCGUUCGUCGGUGACUCGUUCAUGCGCAUCGCCUGGCAGCGCCUCGUGCAGGCCGGUGUGGGAAUCAACCAGGGAGUUACCGCUACUUAUUUGCGGAACCUUGCGAUCCUCCACGCCAUCGAGCAGACGCAAUAACGGAGACAACAUCGCACCGACGGCGUGGUGAGCCUGAAAUUUGAUUUCCACAGGUGCAGACCCUGGCGCGCGGCAGUGCAGCCGUGUUGCGCGGGACGCAAUUCAACGGCAAGACAUAUCAUAUGGACCAUGUUGUUUGCUGUCCCGCUGUGUCGCUGGAGCCAUUUUCCACGGCGCCCCUAAAUGCGGACGCAAGGCCCGGUGAGGGAUGCGUCGCGUGGACCGCGCCACCGGCCGACCGCUUGGAAUUCGCCGACGACCGGCUUCGGAGCAGUCUGAAGAGAGGUGAUGUCUGUAUUGCACAAUACAUGGCCGGUGCCGCGUGGACACAGACGCGCGACUUCCUACAGAAGGCGGUCGAAAUGGGCUUGGCACCGGACCUGCUCGCCGUGGACUCGGGCCUGGGGUACAAGGACCACGACGACGGUGGCGUAUCCAGGGCAUUCGACGCGUGGUUGGAUGUGACGGCGCCCCAUCUCGCUACCAACGGCACGCAUUUGGUCGUCGUCACGCCAACGCAUAAUCCGUUUUACGGAUGGCUCAAACCGCUUGCUCCUACUCAGAACGAGUUUAGAAGUAGCUGGCGGUCCGAGACGGCGACGUACGAACACAUAAGAGAGACAAUCGCCCUUCUGCCUCCGGAGGUCCGACGACACGGCCGGUGCAGGAAUCGACAGUCAAGGUGCCUUUUGAAUGGGAGUGAGUGUUCUUGGUGGGGAAUGGGCCCAUGCAACGCCCUCGAAGGUCGCCACCGCCAUCGCUUCUACCAAAACUCAAAGCAGCUACGUUUUUGCCAAUUCCUAACUCACUGGUUCAUUUCUACACAGGGCUAAUCUCUACCGCACCCC